AUGUUCAUAGGCUAUUUGCUUUUUAUAUUAGUAACCAGCUUAUUUUACUAUGGCUUUAAUCAUAUCAUCAUUAAACCUUCAGUUCCUAUCAUAAGUGCGAAUAAGAAUGAAGUGACUACUUUAAAUCUUCAGACUUGGAUCACUCAACAAGAGCCAAUAAGUAUAGAAAUCAUGAAAAAUAAUAUAAAUCCACCAGGAUCAGUCAGAGGAUUCUUUGCUGCUUCAUUAUCCACUUUUAAACCUGAUUAUUUUUAUACUUGGACAAGAGAUGCUGCAUUAGUUGCACGUGUAUUAACUGCAUUAUUAGAAGAAGAUGAAAACAAUGUAUUGACCUUUGAUUUACUUGAAGAUUAUGUACAUUUUCAAAUACAUACUCAACAGAUAACCUCUACAACAGUUUGUCAAUGCCUUGGUGAGCCUAAAUUUAAUCCAGAUGGGUCUGCUUUUUCAGGUUCAUGGGGAAGACCCCAAAAUGAUGGGCCAGCUGAAAGAGUGAUAGCAUUCAUUGCUAUUGCCAAUUAUUCAGAUAAUUAUUAUUAUGUGGAAGAUGUCUUAGCACCCGCGAUAAUAAAAGAUUUAGACUAUAUAACAGAAAAUUGGCAAAAUCCCUGUUAUGAUCUUUGGGAAGAAAUUGAGGGGAAUCAUUUUUAUACGUGGAUGGUCAUGCGUCGUGCUCUCUUGGAUGCUGUUGACUUUUUUCAUUCUUCUUUUGAUCCAAUUAAAAUUAAAACUUAUUUAUCAACUGCAACUCAAAUCCAAAAUCAGUUAGAGUCAUUUUGGUCACCUCAAAGAAAUUAUAUCAUGACUACACAGAAUAGGAGUCAUGGUAUACAGAAGCCUUCUGGUUUAGAUGUAUCCAUUUUGCUAGCUGCCAAUUUAGCUGCCAAAAUAAAUGAUGGUUUCUUUACACCUGGCUCUGAUAAAAUCUUGGCAACUGCUGUGGCAAUUGAAGAUGUGUUUAAAUCACUUUAUCCUUUAAAUAAACAGCUAGAGAAUAAAGAAGAGUUAGGAACUUCAAUAGGUCGAUAUCCGGAAGAUGUCUAUGAUGGUUAUGGUGUCUCUAUAGGCCAUCCAUGGUUUAUUGCUACAGCAGCCUAUACAGAAUUGUAUUAUCUUGCUAUUCAAGAAUGGCAACAAAAGGGAGUUCAUAUUAAUGAUAUCAAUCGAGCCUUAUUUUGUAAAAAUAAUCUCCUAGAUGAUGAAGAUUGUAAUCAUCAUCAUCGUCGUCUUCAUUCCUAUCAUUACCUUCCAGGAACAGUUAAAUUAGACAAAUUAAUUCAGCGGACAAAGAUAGCAGCAGAUAAGUUUUUAUCUACAAUAGCUUAUCAUCAGCAUCGAAAUGGUUCCAUGUCAGAACAGUUUGAUCGAUCUACUGGUUUUAUGAGAGGUGCUCGAGAUUUAACUUGGUCUCAUGCUGCUUUUAUCUCUGCUAUUAAAGCAAGAUCAAAUUCAGUUAUUUUCUGA